AAUUAUUUGGUAUGGUACAAUCGUCGUCUCUUCUCUCUCUCUUUCUUCCUCUCGGUCUAGAAUCCCGUUUGCUGUUCACAACUCCGAAGGGGCCAUAUACGAAGUCAGGGUUGCGAAGGAAACCCUCAAGCCCUCUAUUUCUCUCUCUAUCUCGCCGGACCUCCGUUGAAUCGCUUAACGCCGGCGGUUUUUUCAUACAACGAUCUUGUUUCUCCCCUCGGCUCUGUUCCUCUUCUAAUGCCCUUCAUUUCCUCUUCUUGCUUUGCUCUCCGCUAAUUGCAUAGACGAGUUUCCAUGCUCUGACUGAAUUCAAGCAUUUGGAGGCGCUUUUUGAUCAAUUCCUCUGAGAAUAUUCGGUUUUACUCAUUAUAGUGAUUCCAGUUCUGGAUACAAGAGGCUCUUUUAAGCAAUAAGGGAUCAUUCGGGUUUUGUUUCUGGGAGUCAAAUGGAACUUAAAGUUUCAUAUUCUAAGCCAGGAAUUUCUUCAUCUGAUUAUGUUAGUGAUCCGGAGGAGAAGGAUAUUAGUGAUGACGAAGAUGAUGAUCGCAACCAUAAGCAUAGGAGGCGGGAAACACGCUCUCAGUCUUUGGAAAGAGAUACGCAUGAACAUGUUUUGAGGCCAUAUGGAAAGCGUAGUAAACCAUUUGAAAACGGACGUAGUUUUAGGGACAAUGAUUCUCAAGCCAAUGAAGCUUGGAAAUCCUUCAAUACUCCCACUCUCGAGAAAGACACCCCUGGGAAAUUUGAUAAAAGACGCUUGGGUGCAGUGCCAGGUCCUCGAGUGGCUGGGGAUUUCAAUCAAAGGAUUAGGGCAAACCAGACAUUUUUAGGUGACCUUAGUUCCGGUAGGGGAAGAGGAAGGGAGUCUGGCACUUGGAACCAGUUUGAUUCAAGGUUUAGUCCUGUUGAUAUUGCUUCCCAGAUUGUUCACCAUGGGUCUUUUCCUCCUAGUCUAUUUGCUGGAAGGGGUUUACCAAGUGUUUCCACUGCACAAACAACACCAUGGAAUGCAUUUGGGUUAAUACCAGGAAUUCCAAAUAGUGGGCUAGAAUCGAUACACCCCAUUGGUUUGCAGGGCACACUUAGACCUCCAAUCAACCCUCCUCUAAACAUAGGCAUGCCUCGCCAGAGAUGUAGAGAUUUUGAGGAACGAGGAUUCUGCCUCAGAGGAGACAUGUGCCCUAUGGAGCAUGGUAUUAACCGCAUUGUAGUUGAAGAUGUUCAGAGUCUUUCUCAAUUUAACCUUCCUUUGUCGCUUCCAAAUGCACACCUAAUGGGGAAAACUACGGGAUCUCUGCCUGCAGUUAGCACAUCUUCCACGUCAGUAAUGAGUGGCAAAGGAUUGCUUGGAAAAAAUAUCAAGCCUGCUGUAGGAGAUGACUCAUUGCCUUUUCAUGGUGUAUAUUCAGGUUCUGCUAGUGCAGCUGAAGCUGACUUGUAUGAUCCCGAUCAACCUCUAUGGAACAACAAUUGUCCUGAGAAACCAAAUGCACUCUCAGGCAUGCAUUCAUCAAAGAUUGAUGAAGUUGAAUCCUUGAUGGGAGACGAUCCCUCUGAUAGGAAUCAGGUUAGGAAAUGUGAUGCUGGUGAUAAUGGAUGCACUAGCAGAGUUGCUGCAACUAGUGGUGCACAGGUCACUAGUUCGUCUGUCUGGGGUAGAGUUGGGUCGAGGAAUAGACAAGAUGUGAAAGGGAAACCUGAUCCAGUAAAUGCCUCUGGUUGUCUUGAUAAUGAAACGAAGGAACACACUGAGGUACUGGCUAGUGUUCCAGGAAAUCCUCAUCAACAAAAGCACAUGGCUCAGAAUGACGCCCACACUAAAGCAGGAGAUUUAUCUAUCAAGGCACAGAGUGAUGCCAAUGCGAUGCGUACUAUGCGCAAACCAUCUCAGAAAGCAAUGCGUACUCUGUUUGUCAAUGGGAUUCCACUACAGAGCAACAAAACAGAGACACUUCUAUCUCAUUUUAACAAAUAUGGUGAGGUCAUUGACAUCUAUAUUCCAGCAAAUAGUCAACGCGCUUUUGUUCAGUUCUCAAAAAGGGAAGAGGCAGAAGCUGCUCUAAAGUCACCUGAUGCUGUUAUGGGCAAUCGUUUUAUCAAACUUUGGUGGGCUAAUCGUGACAGCAUUCCUGAUGAUGGUGUAAGCAGUAAUAAUGGUAUUCAUGUUCCUCCACGUCAUAUUGCGGCCGCUUCACUGCCUUCUCUUGCUGUCAAAGGAAAGAACAGUGUCCAGGUUUCCACUUCAAAAGGCAGUAUUUCCCAUCCAUUGGAAUCUUCUUCAGCUGCCCCAGAUCACUCUCAUGCUUUCAGUAGCCCCAAGGUUUCUUCUCCUUUGCAAAAGAAAUUAGAGAAUUUGGAACAGUUAAAAGAGGAACUCCGGAAGAAGCAAGAAAUGCUAGACAUGAAGCGGAAUGAUUUUAGACGCCAGUUAGAUAAACUUGAAAAACAGGCCACAGGAAAUAAAGCCGAAGCAGUCACUGGGUCCUCUGCAAAGCGACUUAAAGUGGGAAUAGAAGCUGACGCUAGUAAACUUGUUACUCCAAAGGCCAGUGAUUCUGGUAUUGCUUUGGCAUCACCACAUACUGAGGUGAAUCGGGAGCAUGUUGAGUACCCUUGCCCUGAGGCAACCACAUCUAUCGUACAACAGGAAUCCUCAAAGUUUGAGCCUGUUCAUCCAUUGGCAACUGAAGCACCUUUUGAUAUUGAUGGAGAGAAAUUGGGUAGCUGUUUGACUGGAUUUAAGAUUCUUCCUCCUUUAUCGGUCGACUUUGCCAAUGAGGAUGUGAUAAAGAAACAUUUCUCAUCGUUGGGUGAUGUUUGUACUGUGGAGCUAGUUUCCGAAGAUGGUAAUCGGAUUUCGAAUGCAUCCAAUAACUGCUCAGCUAAUGUCACUUUUUUAACCCGUCAUUCAGCUGAAAGGGCAUUUGAAGAUGGCAAAUCCUGGCAAGGUCAAGACUUGAAGUUUAUAUGGCUGUCUGGUGACGAAGACCCUGGUGGUGCUUCUUCGAACGCAUCUCGAGAUGCAGACAUGGAGCCUGAAAGCGAACCAGAAAUUAUCCCUUUUAAGGUAACCCCAUGUGACACAGAAUCCCAGAAUUCAACACGAGACGACGGUGACGAGCCUUCAGAAACAGGUAAAGUUUCGGCAGUGCUAGAAAGAGAGACAUGA